UUUCCCUUCAUUUGCUUCUCCCCUUCCUCACCUCUGCCUUUUUCCUGUCAAAGCUAUGUUUUAAAUCCUUAUCUCUUCUGAUCCCUUGCAACCUAACUACUUACUUGGAGCGAGCAAAGCCAAGUAGAAAGUAGACACGUUUCUUUUUUCUUGCUGAUAACAGUUAUGGGUACUACCCUUUUCCCCUGCCCUGAAAGGCUGUCUAGCGACAAGAAAAGGGUGAUACAAGAACUUGUUCAUGGGCAAGAGUGUGCUACCCAGCUUCAGAUUCUUUUCCACAAGCCCUCUGAAGAACGUGGGCAACUCACGGCUAAGGAACUUGUGCAGAAGAUCUUGAGAUCUUUCAAUGAGACGAUUUCUGUGCUGAGUUCUUGUGACUCGGCUCAGGUUUCUCGGAAUCAGGCGACUAAUUCUAACGAUGAUUCGCCCUGUUGUGUUGACCGGAGGUCUGAAGAUUCUAGUGAGAGCAGGAAGAGACCGUCCUCCAAGGACAGGAGAGGCUGUUACAAGAGAAAGAGGGCUGCAAAUACUUGGACAGUGAUUUCUGCCGCAAUGGAAGAUGGCCAUGCCUGGAGGAAGUACGGACAAAAGGAGAUCCUCAAUGCUAAGCACCCAAGGAGUUACUUCAGGUGCACUCGAAAGUAUGAUCAAGGCUGCAGAGCAACCAAACAAGUCCAAAGAAUGGAAGAUGAUUCCCAAAUGUUUCAGACAGUUUACAUUGGCAGCCACACCUGCAGAGACUCAUCCAAGGCUCCCCAAAUCAUCACAGAUCAUUCUGAACCUUGGAAAUCUUACAAUAUGGUCACAUCGGGUGACUCCAAAAUCUCAAGCAAACAACAGCACCACCAUCAUCACUGCUUGAACCCAUCUCCCACAACCCCAACCGUGAAGCAAGAAUCCAAGGAAGAGACGACAGCAAGCGAUCUUACCGACUGGGACUCCAACGUGUGGAAGGAUAUAAUAGGUCUGAGUGGUUUCGAAAUUAUGGACCUACAGAUUAAGCCUGUAGAGUUUCAAAGUGAUUUUACUUUUGAUGAAAGUGAGUUCGUCUAGUUCUAGUCUAGCUCCUUGUAAAGUUCAUAUGCGUAGCUAGCUACGACAGUUUCCUAUUCCAUGUAAUCGGUCAUGUGGAGUAAUAACAACCAUUGAAGGCCUUCUCCAGGUGUCUGAAACUAUAUUUUCCUUUAGAUACGAGGAACCCCAUAUCCAAUUCUGCAACUGGUGCUUGGACUGCUGUAUCAGACAAGUAUCGAUCAGAUGUGCUUGGAUUGCUGUCUGAAACUACAGGGGACAAUGUGCUUGUAUUAUCCAUUCACAGCCUUUCGUAUCAUCUCUAACCUGUAAAACUGUCUUUUUUCGAAACAAAACUGUACGUACAACGAAACACCAA